CGGACCAAGUCGCUCACUUUAAACUGUGUUUUCAAUGCCUGGAAUUGCUUUAAGCCAUGCCGAUCUUAUUUAUUUAUAAUACCUGUUUCAGGUGAACGUAGAGGAUUGCUUUAAAGCUCAAUUGGACUUGCACCCGAGCGUGAAUGGGCAUACAGCGCAAUUGAGCUCAAGUAAGGUGAGGAGCAUCGGUCGGGCUGCCAGAGUUCACAGUCUGGGAUAUUUUUGCACCGGUGACCGGUGAUUUGGCGUGAAGGGAGCUCGUUGAAAUGAUCUGCUCAAUCAGCUCACCUGUCCGGUUGUUUCUGCUGGUUUUCUUAUGCUCAGCAAUUCCACGAAGAGCGCACACGGAAAAUCCGUGUGAGUGUAACAGGGUGUCCAGGUGUCACUGUGAAGGAGUGAAAGGCAGCAAGGGAGAGCCUGGAUUUCCUGGGCCUGAUGGCCAUCCGGGAGCAAUUGGUUUCCCAGGAGUAGAAGGUCCCCCUGGGCCAGCAGGUCCAAAGGGAGAGAUUGGCUCUCGUGGACUGGUUGGACCUAAAGGCUCACGGGGACUUCCUGGGAUUCCAGGAUUCUCUGGAGCUCCAGGUCUGCCGGGCAUCCCUGGAAAUGAAGGAGAUAGGGGGCGUCCGGGAAUCCCAGGAUGCAAUGGGACAAAAGGUGACAAGGGAUGUCCAGGGCCACCUGGACCUCCAGGGCCUGAAGGGCCACGAGGCUUAGAUGGAGAAGUUGGACCAAAGGGGGACUCCUGUCCUUUACCAGGUCCUCCAGAGGUGAAGGGACAGCGAGGCCUACCAGGACUUGAUGGUCUGAAGGGUCAGCAUGGCGCACCAGGCCUGAUGGGUCCACCUGGUCCCAUGGGGCCGCACGGUAUGCCGGGGAUACCAGGGUUACCUGGUGUGGCAGGUGAGAAGGGUAAGAUGGGGCAGAACCCAAGUAAGACAGGAUGCCAAGGUGAGAAGGGAAACAGAGGUGCACCUGGGAGUCCUGGCCUGAGGGGCCAGAUAUGUUUUCUGAUGUCCCCCAGUGACAUGAAGGGAGAGCCAGGUGAUCCAGGAGAGCAGGGUUGUCCUGGGAUACCUGGACGUCCUGGGAACGAUGGAUGUAAAGGAGUGAAAGGUGACCCAGGGGAGCCUGGCUCUCUGGGAAAACCGGGGAAGGAUGGCAAUCCUGGAGAAUAUGGUGCAGAGGGGGAAAAAGGAGAAACUGGCUUUCCUGGUCCUCCAGGGGUCGUCGGUUCAAAGGGUGAAAAAGGUGACCAAGGCCCCAGCGGUUCUCCAGGGGAUGUUUUAAUAUAUGACAAUGACAUCAAAGGACAGCCAGGAUUACCUGGCCUGCCAGGACCACCAGGCCACCCAGGAUACCCAGGUGUGGAUGGCUUCCCUGGAGAGCCUGGCUUACCAGGGGUAUCUCUCCCUGGUCCUCCUGGGCCACAUGGUUUCCCUGGUUUUAGUGGCCCCAAAGGGGAGAAGGGUGACCCCACUCCGUAUGACAUAGGUCCCUCUGGACCCAGUGGGCCCCCAGGACCGACCGGCCCCAGGGGAGACCCAGGACCUCCAGGACUCCCAGACAUUCCUGAGGAACGACUAAUGCCUCCAGGGCCACCGGGCCCCAGGGGUGAUGCAGGACCCCCUGGAAUGCCAGGAAAAUUUGGAGAAAAUGGUGAGAAAGGUGAUUUGUGCAGAGUCUGCGAGCUUAUUGAUGCCAAACCUGGUCCCCCUGGUCCCCCAGGAGACCCCGGGAUGCCUGGACCCACAGGUAUAGAAGGACCUCCAGGUUCUAAAGGAAGCAGAGGCAUCAAAGGCGUGAAGGGUCUGGGCGGUUCACAGGGACCCCAAGGUGAGCCAGGUGCUAAAGGUUUACCAGGACCAAAGGGAGACCCAGGCUGUGGCCAUCAGAAAGGAGAGCAGGGAGAGAGUGGACCUCCUGGAUUUUAUGGGUUCCCUGGACGUCAUGGAGUGGAUGGGACCCCCGGUAACCCAGGAAUCAAGGGCCCACAGGGCCCGAAGGGAAAUCAGGGCCCACUUGGGCCAAAGGGGACUUCUGGCCCCUGUGGACCCCCUGGGGAAGAUGGAGCCCCAGGACAGAGGGGGGUGCAGGGCCUAGUUGGCAUAGGACUAGACGGUGACCCAGGACCGAAGGGCAUCCAAGGUGUGCCAGGCCUUCGAGGGAGACCUGGAGAACCAGGAGAAAAAGGAUCACCAGGCGAAGUAGAGGCCACCCCUGGGGAUCCAGGCCCAACAGGCCAAAGGGGUGCACCAGGGAAUCCUGGAGCACCAGGUGAUCCUGGGCCUCAUGGAUACAUGGGCUUUCCUGGUUCCUUUGGGGUUAAGGGUGACAAGGGAGCCUCAGACCAUGGUCCUUCUGGAGCCCAAGGGGCCAAAGGUGACAAAGGCAGGCCAGGGGAGCCAGGCAAGCCUUCCGUGGGGGCCCCAGGAAGAACUGGGCCAGAUGGAAUGGCUGGGUUGCCAGGACCAAAGGGGGAUAUGGGAUUUGGACUCCCAGGGACAAUGGGCAGACCAGGGCUCCCAGGGGAGGAAGGCAUGAUUGGAGCUGAAGGUGAUAUGGGGUUAAAGGGUAUCCCUGGAUGUCCUGGAAGCCCAGGGCGAGAGGGCCCACCUGGGGAACGAGGAUGCCCUGGUCCUCCUGGUCAGCCAGGCUUGCCGGGUUGUCCUGGGAUCUGCAUAGCUGGAGGAGCAGGCGAACCAGGUCCUACUGGUCCGAAGGGAGACAUGGGUGUAACUGGGCUGAAAGGAGAGAUAGGGAAACCAGGGGACCCAGGCGAUCCAGGAGAGGGCUUUCUUGGCCCAGACGGUCCGUUUGGACCUCCAGGAAUCGAUGGAGUGCCUGGAUUAACAGGAUGUGCAGGGCUGAAGGGUUUCAGAGGCCAGGAUGGUGUACUUGGACCACCAGGCUGUAGAGGUGAUCCGGGGGACCCAGGCACCAAUGGAAGCACUGGACCAAGGGGAAUAGAAGGAAUUGAUGGACAUCCUGGUCCCAAAGGGGUCACAGGUUUUCCUGGAGAGAAGGGCCUACCAGGUGACAGAGGACCCAUUGGGGACCCAGGACCCCCUGGAGAUCAAGGACCCACUAUUGAUGUUGAUGUCUAUGGGUCCCCAGGGGACCCUGGAUCUACAGGUCUGCUAGGGGUGACAGGUCCUAAAGGGGAUCCAGGCUACCGAGGACCCAACGGACCCAGUGGGAAGGAUGGGAACCCAGGCUGUGCUGGUCCACAAGGGCCUCCUGGUGACCCAGGUGCUGAUGGGAACCCUGGAUGUCCUGGUUUCCCUGGGAGCCUCGGUGACCCUGGAGAGAUGGGCCCGUGUGGUCUGAAAGGACCCAAGGGGGUUGAUGGCAUUGCUGGAAAUCCAGGAUUAAAUGGAAAACCAGGCUGCGAUGGGCCAAAAGGACAGAAAGGUGACCCCAGCCCCCCGGGGCCUGGCCCAAAAGGACCUUGUGGAGAAAAGGGUGUGCCGGGACCGCCAGGUAUCAAAGGAGAGAAGGGAGAGAAAGGCAUCUUGGGUCCUUUGGGGCAUCCAGGCUCCUGUGGUUCUGCUGGACUUCGGGGAGAUAUGGGAUUUCCAGGAGCUCCAGGAUCUCCAGGCGUGGUGGGGGAGAAAGGGUUUGAUGGACUUCCAGGACCCCCGGGGAAUCCUGGGCAAAAUGGCCUUCGGGGAAAAACAGGGGCUGCUGGUGAUCCUGGUAUCCCAGGCAGCAGAGGCAACCAAGGCUUUGAUGGAAUUCCAGGCCCCGUGGGAGAGAAGGGCAAUGUGGGGGCUACUAUGACUGGAGAGCCAGGCAAAACAGGAGAGCAGGGUGAAAGUGGUUUGAAGGGAGACGUUGGACUUCCCGGCCCCCUGGGCCCCCCUGGUCCACGUGGCCCUGAGGGAGACUCUGGUCCAUCAGGCCUACCAGGCCUCUCUGGGGACCCAGGUCUUCCUGGGCCUGAUGGAAUGUGCUUUAAUGGGCCAAAAGGAGAUCGUGGACCAGAUGGCAUCAUGGGGAGAGCAGGACUGAAGGGCUCACGUGGCCCUCCAGGGCCUCCAGGGCCAGGGAUCAAAGGAGACAAAGGGAACAGGGGUGUUCCAGGGCCUGAGGGGCGUCCCGGGAUAAGAGGUGACUUUGGGUUGCCCGGACUACAUGGACUGGAUGGCAGAAAUGGACUUCCAGGGAUGAAAGGUGAACAGGGCCCCGUUGGGCUCAAGGGACGAACUGGUGAUAGAGGAGACCCAGGCGCAAAAGGUCAAAAAGGUUUCCCUGGGGUUAAAGGAGCUUCAGGACGAACAGGGCCAAGGGGACGGGAUGUAAGAGCGAAUACAUUAGUGCAAGAGGGGGAACCAGGGCUGCCAGGGCCUCCAGGGCUUCCAGGCAAGCAGGGCUCCCCAGGGGAGCCGGGACAACCAGGAUUACCAGGACCCCCAGGUCUGAAAGGUGCAAUCGGACCAGACGGGCUGCCAGGCCUCCAGGGGUUUCAGGGACUGAAAGGAGAGAGAGGGCUCCCAGGACAGCAGGGGCCAGAGGGAUUUGUUGGCUUCCCGGGCCGUAAAGGUAUUCGGGGACCUCCAGGUGCCUACAUCCUGGGCACCAGGGAUGAUGGCUUCCUGUUUACUCGACACAGCCAGAACCAUCAAGUGCCACAGUGCCCAGAUGGCAGCACAUUGAUAUAUUCUGGAUACUCCCUCCUCUACAUCAAUGGCAACAGCAGAGGGCACGGCCAGGACCUUGGUUCUCUGGGGAGCUGCCUGGCCCGGUUCUCUACCAUGCCCUUCCUUUUCUGCAACCCCAAUGACACCUGUCACUAUGCCUCCCGUAACGACUACUCCUAUUGGCUGUCCACUAACGAGGCCACGCCCAGUGACAUGGCGCUCAUCUCAGCUGAAUCAGUGGAAAAAUACAUCAGCAGGUGUUCAGUGUGUGAAACCAGAGACAAUUUAUUAGCUGUUCACAGUCAGACAAGCGGCAUCCCUGAAUGCCCUCAUGGAUGGCGCUCUCUGUGGACAGGCUACUCCUUUGUCAUGCAAACGGGUGCGGGGGCAGAGGGCUCUAGCCAGCCGCUGGCCUCUCCUGGGUCCUGUCUGGAGAGGUUCACUAAAACUCCUUCCUUGGAGUGCCACGGACGAGGCACCUGCAAUUACUACAGUGACUCCUUCAGCUACUGGCUAGCUGCUCUUGACCCCAAUAACAUGUUCAGCAAGCCUGUUCCACAGACACACAAAAGAGACUGCCCAGGGAAUUUCAUCAGUCGCUGUCGCGUGUGCAUGAAGCAAUAACUGCAGGCCCCACCCGCAAGGGACCUGGAGUUACACCCUGAGGCAUGACAUUGUGGUGUGACAGCAGGGGGCGCCAGAGAAACUGAUCUGCUUAGAGAAAACAUGAGACUAGAUCAUGGUACUUGUCAUAAGGGGCAUAUCACUACUUACAUGACUUCUGGUUUCCAUGACUUUUUUUGCAUUUUUGAAUAUGAUGAUCCCGUACAAAACAGAAAUGAGACUUUUUUUACACUCCAUUUUUGAAUUUAAUGUAAUUUUACAUAUGUUUGCCUGUGUGAUUAAUGUUAUGAUGUUAUUUUGGAACAUGCAGAAGCGUGGCAAAAAGCUUAUUCUUCAGGGACCUAUCUCCACAACACUGUGACUUCUUAUGUUUGAUCCUUAAAUGUAGAUGUGUCUUAUGUUGUUUUAAAGGUAAUAGAUGUAUUAUAGCAUUGAAAAUGGAAGGUACUGAAAUGGUACCGAAUUCAGGUUACUUGCAAAUGUGUUAUACUGUACGUUGGUAGCAUGGCUAUGCAACUGAAUUUAAGAUUUAUUUAUAUCAGACAUUUAGCAGAUUCAUGAACAGGCUGAUCCUGACUGACCUCUCUGUGUGACGUACAGGCGACUGUCUAUAUUAGUAGGUGCAGACGGUUGUGCAGGAUAUUUUUAGCAGUAUUACAAACCUUAUACACGUGAAAACAAGCAGGGGUGGCUGAAGCUCCUGUCUGACACCAGCUCUGUUAAAAUACAGCCCUGCCAUUGUUUUUCCACUCAGUAAUAUCACCCACAGCAACAUUAUAUUCUAAAAUGAGCAAGUAAAUGUGUGCCCUACAGGACAGUGUUGAAAGGAGUUCUAUACGAGUUACACCUAUGUCAGAACUGGAACUGGAUCCUGCCUUCUCAGUGUUUAUUGUAAGAAAUGACUCAGAGCACAAAGCAGCGCCAUGUCAGCUGUCCAUCCAUCUCUGUCACAUAUUAAGUUGUGUUGUGGUUCCACUGUGUAUGCAUUAUCCAUCCAUUCUGUUUUAUUUAUAGAUGUAAUUUAUGUAUGAAUGUUUUUGCACUUUGCAUAAAUUGCCUUUUAAUUAUUAA